UGCGCAGUGUGCGAGUGCUGAUGGAGGUUUGUCAGGAGAAGGAUCUGCUGUUAGCUAAACGUCUCUACGAAGGUUGAGGGCAGCUAUAAGCAUUUUGUUCGACAGUCAGUGCUAAGGACUCAGUCGGUCAAGAUGGCAUCAGACACGCCGAUUUCGAGGGGUAUUAUGACCUUUUACCCCACUGGUGAAGAGUUCAAGAACUUCAGCCGCUACAUUGCGUACAUGGAGUCCCAAGGUGCACACAAGGCAGGCCUAGCCAAGAUCAUCCCACCCAAAAACUGGAAGCCUCGACGUUCAUACGAUGACAUUGACGACCUGCUAAUACCUGCACCAAUUCAGCAGGUUGUGACUGGGCAGUCGGGGCUGUUUACACAGUACAACAUCCAGAAGAAAUCCAUGACUCUGAAAGAGUUCCGCAAAACAGCCAACAGCGACAAGUUUUGCAGCCCUCGGUAUGAUGAUUUUGAAGAGCUUGAAAGGAAAUACUGGAAAAAUGUAACCUUUAACCCUCCCAUCUAUGGAGCUGAUGUGAAUGGGACUCUGUAUGACCCGGAUGUCAAGGAAUGGAAUGUAGGGCAUUUGAAUACCAUCCUUGACACCGUGGAGCAUGAAAGUGGUAUUACUAUAGAGGGAGUAAACACACCCUACCUCUACUUUGGCAUGUGGAAAACCACUUUUGCUUGGCACACUGAGGACAUGGAUCUCUACAGCAUUAAUUACUUACACUUCGGGGAAUCAAAGUCCUGGUACUGUGUGCCUCCAGAACAUGGAAAAAGACUGGAGCGGUUAGCCAAAGGCUUUUUCCCUGGAAGUUCACAAAACUGUGAAGCAUUUCUUAGACACAAGAUGACUCUUAUUUCACCUUCAAUUCUAAGGAAGUAUGGCAUUCCCUUUGAAAAGAUCACUCAGGAUGCAGGAGAGUUCAUGGUGACAUUUCCAUACAGCUAUCAUGCAGGCUUUAAUCAUGGCUUUAACUGUGCUGAAUCUACUAACUUUGCCACAAGGCGAUGGAUCGACUAUGGAAAACAAGCCAUACUGUGUUCAUGUAGGAAAGACAUGGUGAAGAUCUCCAUGGAUGUGUUUGUAAGGAAAUUUCAGCCCGAACGCUACGAGCUGUGGUUGGCGGGGAAGGACAAUGCUCCCAUUGACCACUCCAAGCCCACGCCUGAAGCAGCUGAGUUUUUAGGUGGAGAGGCUGGAAAGAGUGGUGCUCAGGAACUCGUUGAGAACCAAAGCAGUGAGGGACAAAAGAAAAGCCUGGCCAAACAAAGGAUAGGAACCAAAAGACACCGAGUGUGUCUCGACUUACCAGAGGAGGUUCUUCCAAAGAGUGAAACAAACGACGAGGAGGCUGAAUAUGGAAAGAAGGGGCGCUUGACUCCAUACAUAGAACAAUGCAGAGAGUAUCAAGAAUUGAAGGACGAAGACAACCUUCUGCCACUGACAGGUUCGAACAAUUUAAAGAUGCUUCCAGGUUCCAGAAGUCCUGCAUUUGGGGAGCGUGUUAGGGGUGCGGGUUGUAGUGCUGCAAACCCGGUGACUGAAACUACUUCUCUGUCCUCAGCCUGUGUCCAGUCCUUCCCAAAGCGUCAUCUCUCUAUAGCAUCUGUCCCUACUGUCCCUCACUGCCUGUCAGCCGUGCCACGGAUUUCUACCAAACCAGGGGUGGCGAGCCUUCUCUUUCAUCGGACCCUGAGCCCUUCAGAUGCCCUACAGGUCCAUAGCUAUGCAACCAAAUCAGCGCUCAGUAAACCCGAGAAACCCAGGACAGAGAAACUCAGAGAAGAACUCAGAGAAGAGCUCAAAGAACCAGACAUUCAACUAGAUGUGAGGCCAAAUACGCAAACUCCACGGCCAAAUACGCAAACUCCACAACCAAACACAGAGCAUAAAAUUGAGGGAGAGAAAGAGAAUAAGAGCAUGAAGAGGAAACUGCAGCCACUCAGCAAGUUGCCGUACUUGCAUCCCCUGCUCAGAGAGAACUCCAGUGAUGACGAGAUUCAGGAGCCAGCAGCAGAGCCAGAGGAGACCAAUCCCUGGGCCAGACUCCUGGCUCCCAUGUGGCAAAGCAAGCCUCGCGAUUUUAGAGUUGAGAAGGAUUUCAACUUCCGCAUGGGCCAGCAACCGCCGUACUGUGCAGUGUGUGCACUCUUUCACAUGUACACACAGAGUGAUGUAAUCCGUCUGAGCCAGUGCGGUUCUGCAGCUGAAGGAGGAGAGCAGAGGACCAUGCCGCUGAUACCAGAGAUGUGCUUCACCAGCAGCUCUGAGGGACGCCUGUCCACCCCGAAUCUGGAUAAAGAUGGCACUAGCCAACUCGUCAGCUGCUCUGUGUGUAGUGUGCGCGUACACACCAGUUGUUAUGGCCUGUCUCGGGAUACUAAGCUGGACGGGUGGAUGUGUUCCCGCUGUGAAGCGAACGCCAUUACUCAGGACUGCUGUUUAUGCUCUCUGAGAGGAGGAGCUCUGCAGAAGGCAAACAAUGACAAGUGGGUUCAUGUGUUAUGUGCCGUGGCAGUGCUGGAGGCUCGAUUCGUGAACAUUGCAGAGCGCAGUCCUGUUGAUCUCGGUAAAAUCCCGCUUCAGAGAUUUAAGCUGAAAUGCCAGUACUGUCGUAAGUGGGUGAAGAGGAGCUCGAGUUGCUGCGUGCAGUGCUCACACGGCCGCUGCUCAUCUUCCUUUCACGCCACCUGUGCACAGGCAGCCGGGGUUCAAAUGCACCCAGACGAUUGGCCAUUCGUUGUUUACUUCACCUGCUGGAGACACAAGGGCGGCAACCAAAUGGAGCGCAACAAGGCAUCAAUGCGGGAGUUGGUGAAGGGGCAGAAAGUGAUCUGCAAGCACAGAAAUAUGCGAUACUACCAUUGUGAGGUGGUUGAGCUGACCAAAGCCACCUUCUACGAGGUUAUCUUCGAUGAUGGCUCAUUCAGUGACAACCUCUUCCCUGAGGAUAUAGUGAAUAGAGACUGUCUGAAGCUCGGUCCACCGUCAGAGGGCGACGUAGUUCAAGUACGCUGGACAGAUGGCCUGAUCUAUGGAGCCAAAUUUGUGUCUGACCAUAUCAUCCCAAUGUACCAGGUGGAAUUUGAAGAUGACUCUCAGCUUACUGUAAAGAGGGAAGACGUGUACAGUUUGGACGAGGAGCUGCCCAAACGUGUUAAAGGCCGCCUGUCUGUGGCGUCGGACAUGCGCUUCAAAGGGGUGUUUGUGGAGAAGGAUGUGAAGCAAGACUCGAAAAGACAGCGGGUGAUCAACUCCCGUUAUAGGGAGGACUACAUCGAACCGGUCAUCUACAGAACCAUCAUGGAGUAACGUCCUCACAAACAAUAUCUUCAACGAACAGAUCAAU